CUCGGUCCGGACAGUUAGGCAUUCUCCUUUCACGACCCGACGGGAAAAGGAUAUUAUUGAUUUGCUAGUAUACUUAUUGACAUGGAAAACCUGAAGGAAUUACCUGAAGGAAUAUUAUUCAGGUGAAUAGAUGUUGACAUUUUAUUAGAAGUCGACUCUGGAAAGAACGGACUAACGUCUCCCAUCCCUCCCGCCGCCAUGAGUUCCUGGGUUGUGAACAGGAAAGGAGGGCCGCAGUACUGCCAUCACUUCCUCACAGACAACAGCAUCUUUCAUGUGGAGCGAUGUAUGUGUGUGAUGCAGUCGGGGACCCAGAUGGUGAAGUUGAAGGCUGGUUCCAAGGGGCUGGUGAGACUGUUCUACCUGGACGAACAUCGCUCAUGCAUCCGAUGGAGACCCUCACGCAAGAGCGAGAGGGCCAAGAUCACCAUUGAUUCGCUGUACAAGGUGACGGAGGGCCGUCAGUCAGACAUCUUCCACCGCCAUGCGGAGGGCAGUUUCGACCCGGCCUGCUGUUUCACCGUUUACCAUGGCAACCACAUGGAGUCCCUAGACCUGGUGACCUCUAACCCUGAAGAGGCUCGUACCUGGGUGACAGGACUACGAUAUCUGAUGGCUGGCAUCAGUGACGAGGACUCACUGGCCAAACGACAACGGACACAUGACCAGUGGAUGAAGCAGACGUUUGAGGAGGCUGAUAAGAACGGAGAUGGUCUGUUGAACAUGGAGGAGAUCUACCAGUUACUGCACAAGAUGAACGUCAACCUUCCCCGCAGGAAGGUCAGACACAUGUUCCAGGAAGCGGACUCAGACGACCAACAGGGCACGUUGACGUUUGAGGAGUUCAGCGUGUUCUAUAAGAUGAUGUCACUACGGCGGGACCUGUAUCUGCUGCUCAUGGGAUACAGUGACAGGAAGGACCAUCUGACUGCCGACGAGCUGGCCAACUUCCUGCGCAACGAACAGAAGAUGAUGAAUGUGACCACAGAAUACUGUCUGGAUGUCAUUGAUAAGUUUGAGCUUUCUGAAGAGAACAAACAGAAAGGCAUUCUGGGAAUUGAGGGUUUCACCAGUUUCAUGCGCAGCCCCACGUGUGAUGUGUUUAACCCUGAACACCACGAGGUGAACCAGGACAUGGAUCAGCCUCUGAGUAGCUACUACAUCUCCUCAUCUCAUAACACCUACCUGACGGGAGACCAGCUGCUGUCUCACUCCAAGACAGACAUGUACGCCUGGGUACUACAGGCUGGCUGCCGCUGUGUGGAGGUGGACUGUUGGGAUGGUCCUGAUGGAGAGCCCAUGGUUCAGCACGGCUACACUCUGACCUCCAAGAUCACCUUCAAGUCUGUCAUAGAGACCAUCGACAAAUACGCCUUCAUCAACAACAGGUACCCAGUGAUCCUGUCCAUAGAGAACCACUGUUGCAUCCAACAACAGAAGAAGAUAGCCCAGUACCUCAGAAAGAUCCUGGGAGACAAGCUGGACCUGGGAGAGGCUUUCCACAGAGACUCUAAACAGCUACCCAGCCCCCACUGUCUACAGGGGAAGAUCCUCAUCAAGGGGAAGCGGCUCCCUCUGUACCUGUCUAUAGACGUUGAGGAGGGGGAGGUGUCAGAUGAUGACAGUGCUGACGAGAUUGAGGACGACUUUAAACUGAAGAACAGCAAUAGUAAUGGUAACCAUCAAGUAGAAAGUUACAUCAGGAAGAAGCUGGACUGUCUUUUGAAGGAGUCUCAGAUCGGAGACAAGGAGGACACAGACAGCUUCAGCAUCAGAGCCUUGCUCAGAGCCACACACGUAGGCCUGCAGAAGAACCUAACGAAUCACAAAGAGGGACUAAAAAAAUCCCAAAGUCGAUCCUUCAUCAGCAACCUAAAGCAAAAGAGACACUCCAAGUCCAGGCUGAAGUCCCAGAGUAUGGAUGGAGAACAGGAAGUACAGGAGACCUCUGGGAGAGAGGCGGGAGGACGUAUCACCAGGGGAGAGGGAAAGAGGAAGACGAUUAAGCUGAGUAGAGAUCUGUCAGACCUGGUGGUGUUCACUAACUCUGUGGCCUCUCCGGAGGGACUGGACGACUGUACUCCGGGGAAUGUUCUGUCGUUCAGUGAGACUCGUGCCCAGCAGCUAGUGAACCACAGAGCUGAGCGCUUCCUGUGUUUCAACCAGCGACAGCUGUCUAGAAUCUACCCCUCAGCCUACCGUAUAGACUCGUCCAACUUCAACCCUCAGCUCUACUGGAAUGUGGGCUGUCAGCUGGUGGCUCUGAACUACCAGACAGAGGGUCGGAUGAUGCAGCUGAACAGAGCCAAGUUCAUGGUGAACGGUGGCUGUGGCUACGCCCUCAAACCUCCACCCAUGUGUAAAGGCUCGUUCAACCCGUUCUGUGAUGACCCCCUCCCUGCCUAUCCCAACAAACAGCUGGUACUGAAGAUCAUCAGUGGACAGCAGCUUCCCAAACCACCAGACUCUAUGCUGGGGGACCGAGGAGAGAUCAUUGACCCGUUUGUAGAGGUGGAGAUCAUCGGCCUGCCAGUGGACUGCUGCAAGGGGCAGACACGAGUAGUGGACGAUAACGGUUUUAACCCCGUGUGGGAGGAGAACCUGUCCUUUACCCUCCACAUGGCGGAGGUGGCUCUGGUGCGUUUCCUCGUCUGGGACCACGACCCCAUUGGAAGGGACUUUGUAGGCCAGAGGACCGUAGCCUUCGGCAGCCUGAUGCCAGGUUAUAGACACGUGUACUUGGAGGGGUUGACUGAGGCGUCCAUCUUUAUCCACGUAUCAGUUCAUGACAUCUAUGGGAAGUGGAGUCCACUAGUCCUGAACCCCAGCUUUACCAUAAUGCACUUUCUAGGAGCCAACAAGGGUCGUCAGCUGCGAGGCAUCAGAGGCUUGUUCAACAGGUCCUCUAAGUCGUCAGUAGACACCAGCUGUGGUUCGGCCCUCAGGAAACGCUCCAUCAGCGACCUCCUCCUCCGACGCACCGCCAGCGCCCCCACCAACCGACGCAAGAAAUCCAAGAUGAAGCUCGCUGAGUCCUCCACCUCAAUAUCAGACCGCAAGGCCUCCAUAUCAGAUGGCAAGGACAGAGUGGGGGCCGGGGAAGGGGCUGGGAGGGGCUGGGAGGGGUCCAAGGAGAGUGAAAGGGACAGAGAGAGGGUAGUGGUGGAGAGGAGCCCCCCACCUCACGCCCCCGUCUCCCACAGACCCAUCUCCAUGCCUCUGGAGAGGCUACUGCAGGGACAGCUCUCCCUCUGCUCCCCCGACCAGGAGCAGACUGACCUGGGUGCAGACACACUCAUCGGAACCUCCCCCUUUGAUCGGCCCAGGUCCCACUCUGUGGAACUCCUCAUCCAAUCAUCUGCCUCCCUUGAACACAGUGUGUCCAUCCCUUCCACCAAUCACAACAACACGCGGGAUAGGACCACAGAGCUUGACCAAUUAGACGAGACCUCCUACCUGGUCAUUGGCCAAGGAGGAGGAAGUGUAGAUGGUGAAUCCAGAGAGCAAUUAAAGGACAGACUCAACCCACCCAUCAAAGCUGAGGGCAUUUCCUCUCGCCAAAGGACGUUGUGUUACCUAAGCAGGUCAACAAAGACAGAGAGCAACUGUUUACACGUACCUACUGAGAGCAGACCAGAGACAACAUUACAUAGUACAACAAACACGCCAGCACCUUCCUCCUCUUCUUCUUCCUCUGUCCCCUCUUCCUCUGUGCCCCCCCUCUCCCCACUCAACGUGGACCGGUCCGAUCUUCAGAGCCCCGUCUCCCGGCAGGACAGCACCAUCUCGCGACUCAUUGAUGCCGUAUCCCUCGGCAACGACACCAGCUGCGGCUCGAUCUCCGCUCUGAUUGGCCAGUUUGACCUCACCGCUGACCAGAAUGACCUCACAACGAACUCUGACCCCCACGUCCUCAGUGUCAUGUCCUGUCUGUUCCAUCCCACUGUCCAGGACUCCAGCACACCCUAUAAGGUCACCGUGGACUGUACCACCCCAUAUAAAGACCCACAGACCACCACCUCCCCCCGCAAGGCAACGAACGGACCUAUCACUCCUCGAAAGGCAAGCCAGACCCCUAACCAAGUAAACCACAACCUACUCCCACCCCACCCCAAAACCUCCCACGCAGACCCCCCUGCCCCCCUUCUCUUCUCCAGUCCUGAGACCACGGAGCUGGAGGAGCUCUAUACCAUCCUGGAUGAGGAGGUCUUGUCUCCAGUCUCUGUCUACAACCUGAGAGAGCAGACUGUAGGCAACAUCCAGGCUGACUCUGAGGAGAGCACACCCAUGGUCAGCCUGGAGCCAUCCCCAACCAAGGUGCCUCCUCGCCUGGGGGCAGAGGACAGCUGGCUGGGCUCACGUAGGGGUGUAGUGGAGGUGGAGGAGCCAGGACAGGGCUAUGGGGGUGUCAGUGAUCGUACAGAGCUGGGAUCAGGGGGGGAGUGGGGGUCGUCAUGGGGUUACAGGUGCCCAUCUGUCAACAGCACAGUGCCUGACCGGUUGCUGUUGUGCCAGGACACAGCAGGAAGUCAUGUGAUGGAGGUGGAGAUUAACGUGGACGAGGAUCCACUGGAGAUCACUUUACCGAGACACAACUGCACCUGGGUCGCUACCAGCCCAACCAAACAAUACGCUGCUCCCCAAAGCCAGGUUAACCAACUAAUCCCCUCUCACCGGUACGAACCCCAACUCUCCCAGUGUCCUUCCCCCCUCGUACAAUCCUCACACCAGCCCUCCCCUCGCAACACCCCAUCAAUAACCCCUCAAACCCAGCCCCCCCUCUUCGAAAGGCCAACCAACCCCAGCACCCUCUGCCUGAACAGCCACCCCUCCACCCACAGCAGGGCUGAGCUCUCCUUUGAGAACAGCAGAGACAUUACCAGAGCCUACACCCAGCAGCACAGCUACAAUGGACCCACCCAGGCCCAGACCAGGGGCUACCAGGGUGGGCACACCCAGGCCCAGACCAGGGGCUACCAGGGUGGGCACACCCAUCUACAGACCAGGGGCUACCAGGGUGGGCACACCCAAGACCAGACCAGGGGCUACCAGGGUGGGACAGGGGAAGGUCAGGAUCAGGGUGAAGCAUCAACCUGCUUCCAGAAUGGGUUGUCCUCCUCUGAGUUUCUGCCUGGUCUGUCUAGUAUGUCUGGUUCAAGGUAUGUUAGCUUCCCAAGAGAUCGAGGCCUGUACUCCCCUAUCUCAGACUGUGAUGUGGCCUACAGCCAUCUAGACUACAACUGCUUCAGGCCCUCCGCUGCCUCGGCAUCCCCCUACACCCAUCUGCAACCCCAGCCCCAAUCAAAUACCCAGCCUCUACCCCAGGCCCGACCCCAAUCACUCACCCAACCCCAACCCCAACCCCAAUCACACACCCAACCCCGACCCCAAUCACACACCCAGCCCCGACCCCAAUCACACACCCAACCCCGACCCCAAUCACACACCCAACCCCGACCCCAAUCACACACCCAACCCCGACCCCAAUCACACACCCAGCCCCAGUUCCAACCCCGUUCUGGCCCCCCUCCGCUGCCCCUCUCGGGCCCCACCCUCACCCCUCCUCUACCUAUCCCCAGACCAUCCACAGCCCCCGGCCCCUGCAAGUCCAAGUCUCUGGGUGACCUGACAUCUGAGGACAUCUCCUGCAACUUCCACAGCAAGUACAACAUCAUCAGCCGCAGCUUCAUCACCCCCUGUAUGAAGGAGCGGAGGAGGAUGAGGGGCCUGGGGGGUCUGUCCCAACGGCUGCAGUCUGCAGACCCCCUCACUGAGCAGCUCCGCAAACUAGUCACCCUGGAGGGGGAUGACAGAGACCGGGACAGACUCCAGUCUCCCCAGCUACCUCAGUUACCCCUCAAACCCUUCAUUCCCCCAACACGCCCCUGCCCCCCCUCAAACUUUGUCCCUGAUGCCCAGGAGGACUCCCCCCCGCUCCUCUCCCGCCGCCUUUCCUCUCGGAGCCAGAGCCGUGUGCGUCACAUCAACAAUCGCGCUCGAGAGAGGCAGCAGGAGGCUCUGAAGUCCCGGGACACGAGCGCCCCCUCCAGCGUGGGAGGGGUAGUGCUGCGUACUAAAGUAGCAGCAGGUCAGAACCCCCCAGCUAACAGACACUCCACAGGCUCUUACAUAGCGGGCUACCUGGACCAGCUGGAGGACAGGGGGCUGCCUGAGGGGGCGUGCAACACACUGGGGUAUGGAUACGGAGAUCACUAUGGUGAUCAUUAUCAUGAUGACUCUCUGCUGCCCACAGACUCCUGUAUAAGAUCAGAACCGGAAGUCUACUUCCUGCUCAGACUCUGAACCCACUUCCUGGUUAUCAGGAAUGAUGCAUAAUGUACUUCCAGAACACAGAAAAUCAGCUUCCUGCUUAUAACCGAGAAAAAACUCAAAUAUAUAUCCUGGUUGGUCUGUCCAGUAAUACAGGUAUGAAGUUAACUACCUGAUUGGGUCUGACAUUUUGUCUGUGAAUGUAAAAAUGUCCUGAUCAGAAUGUUCUGUAAAUGUAAUUUGGAACAGACUGUAAUCCACUUCCUACUUUGAUUGUACCUGUUUCCUGUCCUGCCUGUUCCUGUAAUUCUACUUCCUGUUCAAGCUAACUCCACCUACACUGAAGCAAAAAAUUGGAAACUUUCCAAAUGUGUUUUACUCUGAAGGGAAGUGUUGUCUUGGUGUUUGUACAUUUUAAAUGUGUAUUGGUAUUAUCAGAGGCCCGCUGGGGGGCACAGACGUCAAUUCACCGUCUCUUCCACGUUGGUUCAACGUCAUUUAGUUGAAAUGACGUGUAAACAACGUUGAGCGUGAUCUGUUUCAUCAGAGAGCUUCCUCAAGUCUUCCUUUCUCCUCUCAGUGUGUUGUUUGUAAAUAUUCUACUGUACAUUCGUUUUUAAUGGACGGUGGUGGUAUUUAGUUGACGGUACAGCUGUUUUCUGCAUGUUAAACGUGGACAUGUCCAGCAUGACUAUGCAUCGAUCUGUAGACAUCACAGUGCACUACUGUCUUUGUACAGAACAAGUAAUAGUGGGAUUGGAUGAAAUACAGUACAUAGACAGUACCAUACAGUAUGUAGACAGUACAUAGACAGUACCAUACAGUAUGUAGACAGUACAUAGACAGUACCAUACAGUAUGUAGACAGUACAUAGACAGUACAAUACAGUAUGUAGACAGUACAAUACAGUACAUAGACAGUACCAUACAGUAUGUAGACAGUACAUAGACAGUACCAUACAGUAUGUAGACAGUACAUAGACAGUACCAUACAGUAUGUAGACAGUACAUAGACAGUACCAUACAGUAUGUAAACAGUACAAUACAGUACAUAGACAGUACCAUACAGUAUGUAGACAGUACAUAGACAGUACCAUACAGUAUGUAGACAGUACAAUACAGUACAUAGACAGUACCAUACAGUAUGUAGACAGUACAUAGACAGUACCAUACAGUAUGUAGACAGUACAAUACAGUACAUAGACAGUACCAUACAGUAUGUAGACAGUACAUAGACAGUACCAUACAGUAUGUAGACAGUACAAUACAGUACAUAGACAGUACCAUACAGUAUGUAGACAGUACAUAGACAGUACCAUACAGUAUGUAGACAGUACAUAGACAGUACAAUACAGUACAAUACAGUACAUAGACAGUACCAUACAGUACAAUACAGUACAUAGACAGUACCAUACAGUAUGUAGACAGUACAUAGACAGUACCAUACAGUAUGUAGACAGUACAAUACAGACAGUACAUAGACAGUACCAUACAGUAUGUAGACAGUACAUAGACAGUACAUAGACAGUACCAUACAGUACAUAGACAGUACCAUACAGUACCAUACAGUAUGUAGACAGUACAUAGACAGUACCAUACAGUACAUAUACAGUACAUAGACAGUACCAUACAGUACAAUACAGUAUGUAGACGGUACAUAGACAGUACAAUACAGUACAUAGACAGUACAAUACCGUAUGUAGACCGUACCAUACAGUACAUACAGUAUACAGUACAUAAAAUGUUCAAUAUAGUACAUUACAGUACAUAGACAGUACAAUACAGUACAUAGACAGUACAAUACAGUACAAUACAGUACAUAGACAGUACAAUACAGUAUGUAGACGGUACAUAGACAGUACAAUACAGUACAAUACAGUACAUAGACAGUACCAUACCGUAUGUAGACAGUACAUAGACAGUACAAUACAGUACAUAGACAGUACAAUACAGUACAUAGACAGUACAAUACAAUACAUAGACAGUACCAUACAGUACAAUACAGUACAUAGACAGUAUGUAGACAGUACAUAGACAGUACCAUACAGUAUGUAGACAGUACAUAGACAGUACAUAGACAGUACCAUACAGUACAUAGACAGUACAAUACCGUAUGUAGACCGUACCAUACAGUACAUACAGUAUACAGUACAUAAAAUGUUCAAUAUAGUACAUUACAGUACAUAGACAGUACAAUACAAUACAUAGACAGUACCAUACAGUACAAUACAGUACAUAGACAGUACAUAGACAGUACCAUACAGUAUGUAGACAGUACCAUACAGUAUGUAGACAGUACAUAGACAGUACAUAGACAGUACCAUACAGUACAUAGACAGUACCAUACAGUAUGUAGACAGUACAUAGACAGUACAGAGACAGUACCAUACAGUACAUAGACAGUACAAUACAGUAUGUAGACGGUACAUAGACAGUACAAUACAGUACAUAGACAGUACAAUACCGUAUGUAGACCGUACCAUACAGUACAUACAGUAUACAGUACAUAAAAUGUUCAAUAUAGUACAUUACAGUACAUAGACAGUACAAUACAGUACAAUACAGUACAAUACAGUACAUAGACAGUACAAUACAGUACAAUACAGUACAAUAAAGUAUGUAGACGGUACAUAGACAGUACAAUACAGUACAUAGACCGUACCAUACAGUACAUACAGUAUACAGUACAUAAAAUGUGCAAUACAGUAAAAUAUAGUACAUAGACAGUAAAAUACAGUACAUAGACAGUACAAUAUAGUACAUAGACAGUACAAUAAGUACAAUGCAGUACAUAGACUGUACAAUACAAUACAUAAUUAGUACAAUACAGUACAUAGACUUGCUUGCUCGGACUUCUCGCUUUCUACGAUUUUAAACGCUAUCAGAUAAUUUUUUGAGUUUAAAUGCUUUUAUUUUUUUAAAUAAUUACUUUAAUACAGACUGCAACAAAAAGAAAGAAGGAAAAAAACCAUGUUGGGGUCUGGUUAUUACAUUUUUGUCUUUCAGUCACAUGUUUCCAAGAACAAAAACACAGUGGACUAGGUAGAUGAGGCCUUUGGGCUGGAUCAGGCUGCGUGAUUUUAUUCUUCUUUUCAGUGUUUAAACACAUCUUUUUUUAUUUGUUAUGGUCCCUCAGAAGAUUCAUGUGAGCAUUUUCCUACCGAUGGAAUAAAAUUAUGAAACCUUU